UGCCUUCUAGAUAGUCCGUUCGCGAAGCGCUCAGACGAUGCCCCCAACAGCAAGUGGACUUCUGCUGCACCUUCACUGUUUACUCCACACACAAAGGGUGCAGCUGGCAAAAGGCGGAGUGAUCUGGAACUCUUAAGUGCCACGAAGAGACAGGCAGACUCCACGCCAGUCUAGCAGCACAUCUAUCCCUCUACACGCCUGAAGAUGAAGAUGAUCUCAUGCUUGCGCCCAUUUACCUCCCUGUCUCGUUUAAAAACAAUGUCAUCAAGGAAAUUCGCUGCAUGAUUCAACGGUCACGCCGUGUCUCCCGAUUACGCGUUUCGACCACUUCAUGAAUUAACCUGCAAUCCAAAAUGAAAUUUCCAACGGAAAACCCAAGGAAACCAGGGAACUGGAACCCUCCACCAGUGCCAGUGCAGACCAACCUGGUGCCACCCAAGAAGGUCCAGCCAGGGAUGUUGCAGUCCAGUUUGGUGCAGGCCAGCGUGGCCACCAUGCAGAACCCCAUGGGCUGCCCUUUACCUCGCCUUUCUGUCUCGCGGCCUGCUAGCAUGGUGGCCAGCUUGGAAGCAGUGGCGGACGGCUCAGCCCUCCUCACCGUCAUGAAGUGGAAGACUGUCCUAGCUGUGUUUGUGGUGGUGGUAACGUACCUGGUCGCUGGUGGUCUGGUGUUCAAAGCCCUGGAGCAACCCUUCGAGAGCAACCAAAAAGACACCAUCACUUUGAAGAAAGCAGCCUUCCUGGAGAAACAUCAGUGUGUGACCCCCGACGAGCUGGAAGAGCUCAUCAAGCACUCUGUAGAUGCAGGAAACGCUGGUGUCAGUCCUAUUGGAGACACAUCAUACAACUCCAGUCACUGGGACUUAGGGAGCUCCUUUUUCUUCGCUGGAACUGUGAUAACAACAAUAGGUUAUGGCAACAUUGUUCCAAGAACAGAGGGUGGGAAGAUUUUCUGCAUCCUUUAUGCAAUAUUUGGCAUCCCACUCUUUGGCUUUCUUCUGGCUGGUGUUGGUGAUCAACUAGGGACUAUUUUUGUGAAGAGCAUUGCUAAAGUGGAGAAAAUGUUCAGGCGCAAACACAAUCAAAUAAGCCAGACCAAGAUUCGAGUGGCCUCUACAUUGCUCUUCAUCUUGGCUGGCUGCAUCCUCUUCGUCACCAUACCAGCCUUCAUCUUCAAGCAUAUUGAAGGAUGGUCCGGGCUGGAGGCGAUCUAUUUCGUGGUCAUCACACUGACAACUGUUGGGAUCGGAGAUUAUGUUGCAGGAGGCAAUAGAAGAAUAGAGUACCGUGAAUGGUACAAACCGCUGGUGUGGUUCUGGAUCCUGGUUGGAAUGGCUUACUUUGCUGCAGUUCUAAGCAUGAUUGGAGACUGGCUCAGGGUGCUUUCUAAAAAGACAAAAAUGGAGGUGGGUGAAAUUAAAGCUCACGCUGCAGAAUGGAAGGCCAACGUUCGAGCAGAGUUCCGUGAGACCAGGCGUCGACUCAGUGUGGAAGUUCACGACAAACUGCAGAGGGCCGCCACCAUUCGCAGUAUGGAGCGCAGGCAGCUGGGUUUCGACCAGCGGGCCCAUUCCCUAGACAUGCUGUCCCCUGAACGUCGAGCUGCCUUCAAUAGCCUGGACACCACUCAUUUCAAGACAUCCUCCCAGGAGAGCAUCGACACAAAGCUCAACAACUUACGUUUACGAAUUGAGCAGAAUGAGCAUCGACGGAGCGACCCAAGCCAGGAAUACUCUGAAGAGAACAUUUUCAACCGCCUUGGUUCAGUCACAAAAAUAGCCAAGAGGAACAAGCACAAAGAGUUGAGAAAGAACAUCCCAGAUGAUGGUCGGAGAGCCUUAGAUUCCUUCACAUGUAAUACUCCCACGAUGGAUGAGGAGAAGAAAGAGGAAGAGGACGAUGAGCUUGAGAAAGAGGUCAACACUAGUCUAACCAACUUACCUCUCUUUGUGGAGAGCCCCAAUAUACAAAAUGGAUUCAUGCCUCUACCGCCACAGACCAAAGAGGAAGAAAACGAGAUAAAACUUGAAGACGAGGAGUUCCAUUUGCAGACGGAGCCCUAGAGGGAACUGUGUAGAAAAAUAAUACAUUCCUAAAGUGCCUUGGCUAGCCCUUACCCUGAGCUGAGAUGUGAGAAUCUCAAUUUCUGCUGUUCAUUUAGCAGUUCACUGUGUCCUGAUAACUUGAUAAUGGAAAUAUGGAAACAUUAGCACUGGAAACAGCUGGUUCUCUUUUUCAGACCACUAAAAUACUGUUGGAAAGAAUCUCUCCAAACGUUCUGGACAACAAACUAAAAAUCUGUAGCUAGCUACAUUGGCGGGUUGUUUGUAGUGUGAAGGUUUCAAUGGUAUUUUAUUUUUUUUUAUUUCAGCCAGACUGUACUUCAAAGUCAUUUGCACAGUUUUCAUAGUUUGAAAUUGUAGGACAAUGGGACAGAAGAGAAGCCAUAAGGUAGAAAGUCAUGGUUGACGUCAUGUAAGGCUGAAUGUCUAGUAGAGUUUAAUCAUAAAAUGCUGAACGUUUCUUUCAUUUAAAGAGAUAGUUCACCCAAAAGUUUUGCUCCAAACCUGUAUGACUUGUGUUCUGACUCUGUGUUCUGCAGAACACAAGUGUUUCAAAUGUUUUGUCUAUAUACAAUUAAAGUCAGUGAAAUCCAAAACAACCUAUGUAGAGGGCACUUUUCCAUUUUUGGGCAUCAUAUCCAUUAGCUGCAUUUCCCAAAACCUUUGCGGCAAAAUGUAGAUAAAAAAACUAUUGCUAAAUGACAGUGUUUUCAAUAAUCAAUGUUAUGCAACUAAAACUUAGUUUUAUCCUCUCACGAUAAGUCAUGCCAACAUAUGUUGCUAGGUUUACAUAUAUGGCAGCCAUAGCACUAGCCAUUAUUUUUAAUCGGAGACGAAUGCGAAAAAACAAACUUGUUUCUAUUGCAGUUUUGCAAAAAAAAACCUUUUUUUGAAUAGCCUGUUUUAGCAAAACUGAUGUGUUUCCAUUGGGCGGAUUUUCAAUUCACAGUUUCAAUUUGCACAAUUUGAAGUGUAAUAUAAACACAGUUAUUGUCUUGAUGCUUAAAGGUGCAGUAAGUGAUUUCUGAGAAAAGCUAUUGAAAGUGGAUUGGACCGAGCACCACACUUGUAGCCAAUCACUAGAAAGGGGUUUGUCCACUAUGUCCAUAUGUUCCUUUUGGGUAGAGGUGUGUUUGUUUUGAUCAUUUCAAAUAUCAACAGUGUUUCUUAGAAAUCACUUACUGCACCUUUAAAUACCACUCAGAAUACACAACAUCACCAAAUUACAUUGAUUUGUGAAUGAUCAAGGUAGCAUUUUAAAUUAGUUUGACACUUGUUUGAAGUCUACUAAACAUUGUACAUGUGAAUGAACUAUGAAUAUGGCAUACUACCAUUUUAGCUUUAUGAAAGUUAAGAUUGCAGUUCCAUUUAGGAUUAACAGGAAUUUUUUACAAAGGGUUGUUGUUGUUUUUUUCUUUGCCGGAAAACCUUUGUUUGAAAAUGCCCACUGUACAUGAGCAGAUCUCACAAUCUUUUUAAAUUUUGCACUUUUUACAAGUUUCUGUCUUUGGUUUACAAUUAUGUUAUCUUCUUUUCCAGAAUGUUUUUGGACUAGACUUUUGAAACACCACUGAAUAAUGUUGUGCUUAUUGCCUGGGAGUGUCUGACAUAAUUGUUUUGAAUGUUUGUGUUGAAACCAAAUACCACUUUGUCUGAUGUGAUUGUUGUCUUGCUGACUAUAUUAAUGAAAACUCCCUGAGGCAGACACAUGUAUCAGUACCUCAUUCCCAUCAACUCAUAAAUGCACACAUACACACAUCUACAGCUGCAGCAAAAUGCUUGUUGUUGAGCUAAUGUUAAUUACUGUUUUCAUGUUUGCAAUAGUCUAGAGCGAAUGCAGCAAUGGACUGAAUAUCUGUAAUAAGAAAAAAAAGCUAUGAAGAUUAAAAAAAAUGUUAAAGCAUUCAAAAUUAUUUAGAGACAUGGGUCCCUAAAGCAUGCUAUCGUGCUAAUAUAUUACCAUGCUAUGGUAUUGAUCGUACCACAAAAAUGCUUCUUGAGACUUUGAAAUGUCCAUGUUUGAGCUCUAAUUCAAACUGCACAUACUAGUAAAUUGCUGUUCGCAGUAUCUGCAGUAUCUUGUGCAACCAUUACAUUCAAUGUAGUGAGUGCCUUUUGGAAAUAAACUCAGCUGAACAAAAAUCUAAAA